AUGGGAAAUACUGAAUCUCGUAACGAUAAUGUUAAACCUGUUCGAAAAAGAAAUAAAUCCAACUUUUCUCGGAUCAAUCAUUCUCAUGUAAAAACUAAUAGUAUUUAUCCAGAUUGUACUGAUAGUACAUGUAGCUACAAUAUUAAAACUGUGUCAAAUUUAACAAUUCUUGGUGGUCGUCCUUAUUUGGAUGAAGAUUUUCCUGCUGAUUGGGAAGAAACGGAUAGAGUUCAAACUUGUCAUUUCGCGCUAAAGCAUUUGCAUGGUGGCAAUUACACUGCCCCACUUUCUGAUAUUAUUAAGCCUGAAAGACAUCGGAUGUGGAUCUGGUCAUUGGUGAUUGCUCAAGAAUUUCCUGAGGCAUACGUUUAUGGUGUAGAUAUAAUAUCUUCCUUUCCUAGUGAUAUAAAACCAUCGAAUUGUUACUUCAAAGAAUGUAGCGUAUCUGAUGGUUUACCGUUCGACGAUGAUGAAUUCGAUUAUGUUUUUAUGAGACAUAUGUCAUUAGCAUUAAAGAAUUAUCAAUGGGUACCACUUUUGAAUGAAAUAAUGAGAGUAUUGAAACCUGGUGGUACUGUUGAGUUUGUAGAAUUUGAUUUAAUUCAUGUAGGAUUUCAAAAUGUAAAUUGCACUCGUAAAGCUGUAGCUCUCGGAAAAUGGGACAAAAAUCUUGGUAAAAUCGGAGAAAUAUGGACAUCAAAUAUGUAUCAAAUGAAAAAAUCAAUUAAGUCAUUAAUUACCUCAGUUAUGAAUAUCUCAGAUAGUGAGCUAGAUCGCAUAUUAAACAUAAUAUAUUUUGAGGAAGUAGACAAAUAUCAUUCAUAUCAAGAUCAUUAUAUUAUUUUAGCAUCUAAAACAAUUAGCGAUUCAAAUAAUUAG